UUUGAAAUGUUGAAAAAAAAACGUAUAAUGUUUCAUUAUAUUUUGGCAAUAUAGUUAAUAAGAACACAUUGGUUAUUGAAAAGAAGCAGAAAAUAAGCUUAAAGCCUGUCCAUCUUUGGCGAGUGAAUCAAAACGAUGUGAAUGUAUGUUUUGGUUCGAAGUUCAUCGACCUGAACUUGCUAAAGGAAAAGAGGUUUCAUUACUCGUGAUACUGUUAGCUGAGACUAACCUCCACUAAUUUUGGUUUGGUUCUGAUAUCUGAACAGAACGAAAGAUGGAAGGCCCAUGUAAUAUGGAUCCCUCGAGGGGCUAUUACAGAUUUUUAAUCCUAUUUUUCAACUGUAUGCUUACAUUUGGGAGUUAUUUCUGUUUUGACAUGCCUAGUGUUUUGCAGGAUGAUUUCACCAGAAGUGAGAAUUGUACCAACUAUACUAUAGGAAAUACAAGCCACGAAACUUGUAUCUGUGAGGAUUGUCUGGGAAUGUCUGAUGAUGACUACAACUUGUUGUAUGCCAUUUAUGCUUGGACAAAUGCCAUUGUAGUUAUUGGUGCUGGGUUUUUGAUUGACAAGCUGGGAAAUAGAUUGGGAGUGUUCCUCUUUUCUUUCCUAUGUGUCCUUGGGUCGUCCACUUUUGCAGUAGGAGCCAUGUUAAAGGGGACAUCAUACAUGUUGCCCAUUAUGUUACUGGGAAGACUGUUGUUUGGUUCAGGAAAUGGCUCUCUCACAAUUGUGCAGAACAGAAUUACAGCUUAUUGGUUCAGAAACAAAGAGCUGGCUUUGGCAUUUGGAAUAACUCUGGCAUUUUCAAGAUUGGGAAGUGUUCUGAAUUUCUUCCUGACUCAAAACUUCAAAGACAUUUAUGGUUUACCUUGGACUUUAUGGGGAGGAGCCAUGUUGUGUGGAUUGGGUUUUGUUAGUGCAAUAGUUGUCAGUUUCUUAGACAAAAUGGGUGUCAGGGCCCUUGGGGACGAAGACAAUCUAAAAUCACAGUCUAAGAAAUUGAAACUGACAGACAUUAAGGACUUCUCCCUUUCUUACUGGCUGUUAGCCUUGUCCAUCAUGUUCUUCUACAAUGGAGUCUUCCCUUUUGUAGCAGAUGCUAGUAAGUUCAUUCAUAUGAAGUAUAAGAUGAAUAAAGAUGUUAGUGCCUAUAUUGCCGGGGCUGUCUAUGAUGUUUCUAUGAUUCUGUCUCCAUUUCUGGGAGGAGUCAUUGAUAUAAUAGGUAAGCGGGGUAUCCUGGCUCUUCUGUGUGCCUUGCUGACUAUCCCCCUCUUUGGACUCCUGGCCUUCACCAAGGUGUACCCCCUCGUAUGUACCCUCUGGCUGGGAAUCACAUACUCCUUUGCAGCUGCCAGUAUGUGGCCUUCUAUCCCCCUAGUUGUCUCCCAGGCAACUGUGGGGACUGCCAUGGGGCUUACUACCUCAAUACAGAUGAUUGGAAUUGGUGUGUCUAACUUGGUGGUGGGACAAAUUCUUGGAAAGAAUGAAAGUUUGAGUGAUGAGGAAACUCUAAAAAGAUGGAAGUAUGUGAUGAUAUUUUUGUUGGCUAAUUCUCUGGCUUGUGUAACUGUAACUACCUUCCUCAACAUAACAGACAAAAGAAAGGGUGGCAUUUUAAACAUCAGCAGAAAACAACGGCAGCAGCAAGAACUGGAAAAAUCUGUAUGUGAGAGUGAAACAAAAACAGACGAUGAGGAAGAGCCAUUGUUAGGACGGCAAAGGCACAGGAUUAAUUAAUGAUUUAGGUUGUGUAUCAUCUCAACUUCUAGUCACAGAUGUGGAGAGAAAAAAAAUGUUUCAUUUAUUAACGAAAUUUUGAUAUGUGUUGCUGCCACGAAAAAGAAGGAAGUCAUUAUUGUCUUUAAUAUCUGAUGUUUUGAUAAAAGAAAUUUGAAGAAAAUGUAUUUUUUAAGAUGAAAAGAAUUAUAAUAUUUAGUUAAAUACUAUUGGAUUGCUGACAAAAUUUCUUAUCUAAAAUGAUUCCAUAUAUAAAUGAUGACUUUUAGUGGGAAAUGUUCUCUCUUUUUUGUGACCUUAUAUGAGUUAACUGUUUUAAAACACUUUAUAUUCACCCUGAAUUUAUGUUAUUGUUGUUUUUCGUACAUCAAAUUUGAGAAUUUUUCACUCAUAUAGAAUUACUGACCCUGAAUUUAUGUAAACCAUUUCUGUUCUUUAUGCAAUAAAGAAGCAUGUAUAAGUUCACACAACUACAAAACAUUAAAGAGGCAUACAAAAGUUCUGCUUCUUCAUUUACUUUGAUAAAAACAAGUUGAAUUUUUGCAUACUCAUGCAGUGAUAUAAUAUAUUCCUUAUUCAUAAUGUUUCUGCUUUUGCUCUUUCUUUCGGAUUGUUGUUUUGGUAUCUUAUAUCUGGUAAUGUUUUUUCUUCACUUUGUUAGAACACAUUUGAAAUAUGUUUCUUACAUCAUUAACACUCAUUCUUUUAUGUAUGUGUCAUGAAGUAAAUGGUGCCAAAAUAGUACACUUGUUAUAAAUAAUGUAUACAGCUUUGAUUGUUCAGUUACUUUCUUCAAAAUAGAAAAAAAAAACUUUUUCUUUUUGUACCAGGCCAAAAUUCACAGGAUUUUGCUCGUUUUAUUUAUUUAAAUAAUUUUUUUUACAUUAUUGAAGGUAAUUUCAUCACAGAUUCUAAUAUUCUUCAACAAAAUCACACCAGAAUAUACUGGGAAACUGUAACAAAAAUCCAUGACAUUAAAUGUCUCAAUUGUUGUCAAAAAUAAUGUUUUGAAAGUUUUGUUUUUUUGUUUUGAACAUAUUUUAUUGACAAUGUGUCAAAGGGAUUGGACACAAGUUCUAAAAACUUAGAUAGUCCUCUCCCAUACAUAAAAUCUUAAUAGCCAUACAACAUUUACAAAGAUUUACAAUUUUACAAUAUUAUACAUGAACGUAGAAGAACAAAGACAAUAAUUAUUAUUGCUAAGGAAUAUCAGUUGAUAUAAUGAUGAUUAUAAUGACGUCAAUAACCAUAUUAAAAUAGUUUCAAAAAGUAGUAAAUACAAGUACAUGUAAGUGUUAAUUGAAACGACCAGUAUCCUGAAUAAAUUUUUGAACAAUACCAAAUAUUUUUUCAUUUUCCUGCAAAGAUAAUGAUUCAUCUCCCCAUAGCAGUUUAUGCACAUUUAACAUUUUUACAUUAUUAAUUACAAGUAAUGCAUUCAACAUUAAACGUCUAGCUUCAAGAUAUUUUCUACACACAAAGAAAUAAUGAUGACUAUCCUCCUUAUAUCCACAAGAACAAUUUGGAUUCGUUAUAAUGUUACAUCUAUACAAGUCAUGAUUUAAAAUACAAUUGUGCCUUAAUCUUGUAUGUAAAAUGUUCAGAUACCUUUUGCCGUAUGAUAGAUACUUGGGAGGCUUGUCAUUAUCAUUAUUCAAUUUUCUUUUAAAAAUUCCUAUUGAAGUUAUUUCCCUUGUUUCGUUACUCAAUGAAUUCCAUUUGCGAAUAGUAUCAGGGACAAAUGACUUAUUUAGUAAUUCAAGCCUGCACUUCGGUAAAAAAUAAUUACUUGAAUUACGAGUAUUAUAAUUUGAAACACUUUUUCUAACUACUGGUACUAUAUUUUUUAAAUAACCAGGAACUAGGUUAUUGUGGAUUUUAAACAUUGUUAAAAGUUUAGCUUUAUCCCUUCUUAUUAUAAGAGGUUCCCAUCCUGUUUCAACAUACAACGAGUUUCUUGACGCUAAUACUGACAGACCUGUCACAAUUCUUGCAGCGCUCAACUGAACCUUUUCAAGUUUUUCAAUAUCUGCAAACGAACAGUGAAAGUGAAGUAUUGUCUUUGCUAUUUACAACAGUUGAAAAGGUUGUACACAAAUGUUUAAAUAAAACAUAUUUUAUUUAA